UUAGGCGGCUUGAUAGAGUCGUGAAGAAGGGUUUCAGAAAUUAGGGUUAGAAUUUGGAACCGAUCAAUUUGAAAACAAACGACAAUGGCGAUUAGGAAAUUCUACAACCAGAUCAAGGGGCUGAAGGUGAAGGACGUUCCUGAGCAUGUGAAGCCGAUGCUGAGCCUCGCUAAUGCCAAGAAUGUGAUAAAGAAGGGGUUGGAUAACUAUCACGCCAAGUACAUCAUGACUGAUUCAAUCGAUCCUCUCUAUCACGUCUGCUUCGGCGGAAUGCUCUUCUCUUACUUGGUCGUCCUUCCCGAGGAACGCCGUCACCUCGAGCACGCCAAAGAACACGGCGACCACCAUUAAGUUACUGCAAGGUACAAACUUAUAUAGUUUCCCUGGCUGACUGUGAGUGUGAUCUACCUUCUUGGUUUUGCUUAUUGAAUCGUUUACUCUAAUGUCCCUUAAAAAUGAACUGGCUUUUGUGAUGCAUCAUGAGAAACUGAAAUUGUUCAAUUGGUUAAUUAUAAAUGAAGUUCAUCACU